UUUAUCAUCAUUCUGCCUUUUGAUUUCGAUUCCAAUUUCACAACUAGGUUUGGUAUUGUAGAUGUCGAGUUGCAAUUUCUAAUCAAUUGGAAUUGCAGAACUUGAUUUUUGUGGAUUCAUACAUUUAAUUUUUUUGUUUUUAGACCUAUACUUGAUGUGCGGAAAAGGAAGGCGGUUCGAUUGAGCAAAGAUGUCGACUCCAAACGUCGCGAAAAUAACAAUGGUGUCAUUUUGUCUGACUUUGACGACAAAGAUAUUGACGUGGGAUCUGAAGCCGUUAAGGAGAAAUAUUCAACCGUAGCUUUAAAUGAACUUGGAAACAGAGAAUUUGAGCUUCUGGAGGCUGGCCCUCUCGCCGUAGGAUAUCUUUCUACAGGCGACCGUAUCUUGCAUUUGAACUUCAAGGUUAAGGAAAAGGGCGUAUCCGGUGUGCAGACCUUUUUUUCUGAGCUGAUAGAAACUAAAAAAAGUACUCUGCAUGGGGACAAGUGACAUACUACCAGGUUAUACACUCUUUGAACCCAUGUAUACUUGAUUACUUGAUCUCAUUGUUCUACUCUCUUGGUGUGGAUGACUUUGUUUACUAUGUAGUAGAAAAUUUCUGCACUAUCAUUACCAUUAGAUGAUCCUUUUUGCCAUUUCGGUUACACUUGUUGCAGAGAAAGCUGAUACUCACGGUUGCCUCUAUUGUUGUUCUCGCGAUAUUCACCAUCCUGCUGACAUCUGUAGCUUCCGAAGUGGCGGGGAACCUCAUUUUGAUACCUUGUGUUCCAAACUCAAGGAGUUCAAUAAGUACUUGGAGAAGGGUAUACUGAGAAAACGCAAAGACAAAGAAGACCUCUCUCUUAGGUUCCCGGAUCUCGGACUCGAGUACAGGGGCAACAACACUUGUACGGACAUGAUAGCUAGAAAUGCAUCUGUAGCCUUGCGCUUGUUCAAUGGAGAGAAGGGUUCAAACUUUGAGCUUGUGAAGAUUGGCCGGUUUGAAAUAGUAGUGUUGGGGUUUGGGUUCCUCCAGCAUAUGAACUUUGAGGCAAAGAACAAAGACGAUCCUGAUGCUGAGGUGAUGACUUUUUUUGCGGAAGUGAUCAGAAGGGCCAGAUAUUUCUUCGUUGACUUUUGCCAAUGCUUGGGCCCAUCUUUUCUCCUACCAGAUGAAGCUGAACUUAAAGGUUGCUGUUACUGUAAAUGUAUUCAUCAUCCUCCUGGUCCCGGGUACCUCAUUGGCCGGGAAUUAGACUGAUGAAACAUUAGCUGGGUGUUGUAGGUCACAAUGGAGACUGAAACGAGAUCAAGAUAGAUGUGUGAAUCUAUCUAAUUAUGUCAGUGAAGAUGAAACAUUAGCUGGGUUUUGUGUAUGUGGUUGACUUGUGAGCUAUGAGUAUUGUGUCUGUUUGCCGUUUCUUUAAUAUUGUUUUGAUGACAGAGUUAAUGUUUACGUAAGAUGGUAAAGGUAAUACUAUCACUUGAUUAUUUAUGCUCUUCUAGUCUUCUUUGUCCCAUAUUGUGAGAUCCAACCUCAUUGUAACUUUGUGUAGUUAUCUUUAUACUUGGUAAUACAGGAACAUUCACUGCAGUUUCCUUGUUGCUUGCUUUGAAGGUUUACAGCAACUGUCAACCUUUGUGUUGUUCAUAAUAUACUCCCUGUAAAUAUGGCGAUGAUGGUAACACAUCAUGCUUCAUUGAAGGAAUAAAAUAGUGGUAUCAUACAACUGCAGGUGGAGAAGUGAUGGUUUCCCGCUUCUGGAAGAAAAAGAAAACAUUUCCAGUACUUCAAUAUAUCUUCUACUUGGAUAGAUGUUUUAUUUAUUUUAUUUUCGGAUUUAUUUUAUUUUAUUUUAUUUUAGUUUAUGUUUUAUUUUAUGUUUUAUUUUGUUGUUCCUGGUGAGAAAGGUGAUUCAAAAUAUUGUGUAAAGAGCUGUUACCGCGUUUAAAGUUGGCAAAUGGAACUGAUUAUGAAGGAGUUGUUCCUUAAGAGAAA